AUGGCGGACCUCCAAGGCGCCUAUCUCGACUUGGCAUCAGGAGCUUCCUUUAUCAACCGUAUAUGUCGACGUCUAAACCAAGAUAAGACGUCGUCAUGUGGCGGCGGGGGCAUUCCCGAGUUGGACUUCUCGGACUGCCCAUCGGUCACCAAGUUCGGUCACAAGCCCAAUUCGAGUUUCUACAAGCUUGAUUUCAGCGUCCCCCCGCUGGAGGCGGCCCUGGAGCUGGUCGUGACGUACUUUGAAAACCGUCCAAGCCAGGAUGAAUCAAAGUCUUAUCUGCUGGCGUCGUCCCGGGACAAUAAAUACUGGUUUGCCUUCGGAAAUACCGUGCAGUUAUUAACCGCUUUCAAUCUACAUUGGAAAUGGCCGCCGAAUAUGGUGAAAGAUGGAAACGGCAUAUACAUCGAGCAGGAGUUUCGGAAAAGAACCUUUUGGAGCAUGUACACAUUGGACAAGUACAUAUAUGGCCGGCCACAGUUGCUGCAUAAUAAGGAUUUUGACCAAGAACUACCAGACGCAGUAACCGAUCAAGAUUUGUUCAUUAAUGAACCGGCCAUGGCUUCUCUGGGUUCAUUACAGGUUCUAUCACCGGCUCUUUCAUUGCGAAGUCAACUGGCAGAAGCAAAGCAGCCAAUUUUUAUAAACUGGCUCGUAAUCUGGCAAAUAUUUCACGGAAAUUGCAUACCCUCAAUUCUUCUCGAGACUCGCCGUUUGUGGCAGCAAUCCUGUUGA